ACCUCGUCUAACAUCCUAGCCACGGGUGCUUGCCGGACUGCAGACCUCUAAACCGACCCUUCUCCAGUGGCUGGUUGAGAUGCCUCACCCCACCCCGAACGGCGUGCACAGCGCUUAACACAAUAGUCUUGGUGCUUCACUACGUAGUAGCUCCGAGUUCAUGCACACCAUGUGAGUGGCAUGCACACUAUACGCACUACAUGCACUAUGGCUGUUGGUAGGUAGGUAGGUAGGCAGGCAGUAUAUACACCUUUUCGUGUCCUCCCUUGCUUCGCGAUCCAACAUGUUGAAGAAACUUUUCCAUUUUUGCACCCUUGAAUUUGUACCUCCUCUGUUGGUUGGUAAUCGGGGCCGAAUUUCGACCAUUGAAUUCCUAGCGAAUUCCUUGUACACACACGGGUAUGCACGAUCGUGUCCAACCUCGCUGAAUACUCUAUUUUCUGCCCUACCAGGAACCUCGGGAUCGCGCCCCUGCAGUGGGCUGCAUUGGAGUGAAUAUUUCGACAAGUGCUCAUGUUUCUACCCUCAUUCAUAAAUAGAAACUUGGUGUUUUAGGCUAUUCUUCGUUUGAGACGGAAGAAAAGAAAUAUAUAGCUUCAAGACAAUGCCGUCUAGUGGGCCUUCUGGAGGACUCUCCCUCUUCCCUAAUACUAAGUCACCGCCGCGGAAGUCGACUCCUAAACCGCGCGCCGCCACUCCACAAUCAUAUCGGGAGCAAGGCUCAUCAUUCGAGAUGACGCCCCCGAGAAAUGGACGGCAUACACCAGAAGAUCUGUCCGAAUUCGUUAUUGAUGGUUCACCCUCUAGAGCUAACGAAGGUUUGGCUUCCAAUAAUCCAUACUAUUAUCAGGCCCAGGCCGGGCCGUCAGUAUCGAGGCCAGUUCCAGCGUCAGAGGUACCAAUACGGACAGACACAGCGUUCUCAGGGACAAGCACGUUGGUGAGGAGUGAAAGUGGACGGUCACGAAAUUCAAUCGCCAAGAGACCCCUGGACGAUUCAUCGUCAUCGCGGCCAGUGGCAGAACCAGGCAUUCGCUCGAUGUUCCCACAGUACGAUCAUACUCUACCGUUUGACCGUCAAGAGUACUACCCAACCCAAACAAGUCCAACUCACAUCCCAAGGACUGUAAUCAAUAGGCAAUCUCAUAUUCCCGAGAGUCGAAGCCCGCCAAUGCUCAGUCCAUUACGGAGCCCUAUGAGCGUUAACUCGACGCAGCAGCGAUGGCCUAGACGGCCUCAAGACCCUCCUGUAAUUCCAGCAGUGAACACAACGGAGGAACUUCGCGACUUCUGGAAGGUAGCCAAUGGAUGGAAGGCUUCUGCAUUAGAAGGGCGGUGUUUUUGCAUGAAACUAAUCCCAGAAAAGGACACGCCGAUUUAUAAUCUAACAUCAUCUACCACACAACCACUCUAUCACAUGCGAGUAGAUCCGACCUCUGCAUCUGCUUAUGUAACACUCAGCCGACACGACCCAAGUAAACCUUGCAAAGACAAAGAUCCAGCCGCAAGCCCAAGGUCAUCGGGUGGCUUUCUAGGAGCUCUCCGGGAGUCCGAGACAAAGUCGUGGCAAGAAGCUAUGGUCACCACGCUAGAAGAGCCAUCCCGUCGCUUACCGCCGAACGACGGCUUAGUCGCCCUUUUAUAUCCAAGCGCGGCGAGCAAGGUAGCAUUAGAUAGACCGGACGACAUACAAGCCGUCAUGGCAGCCGAAAGGGAAUGCGCACGUUUGGUCUGGGACGAAGAUAUCCAGAACUACUUCUUAGUACACCCGGCGCUCGCAACACCGUUCUGUAUCACGAUAGAGCGCAACCCGACCUGGAGCCGCACGGAGUAUACCGUCGAGCAUAUCGAGUCACCACACCACAUCGCAAAGCUAACGCGGGACGGCACGGGCGAGGGGUGGAUGGAGCUCGACACGCUGGUGGCCGGGCGCAUCGACAGCUACUACAUCCUCGACGUCGCCGUGUGUGCCCUCCUGCUCAUCGCGAACAUCGACGAGAGGAACGUGCUAGUCGAGCAGUUCGAGCCGCCGCCCCCCGCGCACCUGCGAUCCUCAACCUCGAACCCGGACUUCCGCCGCAGCAGCAGCAGCCGGCUCAGCGGCAAGAUCCUGGGCGUCAGCAGCAGCAGCAGCAAGAAGCAGAGCAGGAAGCGCGGCCGCAUCGAGGAGCUGGAGCUCGAUCUGGAGAGCCAGGCGAGCAGCCUGGGCGGCAAGCUGAACAUCAAGGACAAAGACAAGGAGCGGCUCCCCGGGACGGCGCGCACGGUGCUCAAGCUUCUGGGCUUCGGGUUCAAGUGUGUGAUCUGGGCGCUCACGCUGGCGUUCAAGGCGCUCAUGGCGAUUGUGGUCGGCUUGAGCAAGUGUUUGACGAGUGAAAAGCUUUAAUUGGCGUUUUUUUUGGGGGGGAAAGGCGGGAGUAGGCUACAAGAAAG